GUCAUGCUAUUAAACGGCCUUAGCUAAAGCUAAACAGAGAAAACGACACUGCACGCAGCUUGUGCUCAGGUUGAUGAUGACACUGGUCGAAGUGUCGCUUUAAACACACGUUAAAAACAUCGUUUCGGGACUAACAAAUAUGAUGGAGGAUUUUUCUGGCUUGGCUCUGCCUCCUUUAUUUGGAGGUCACAUCCUGGAAGCAGAACUGGAGCCUGGUGGUGUGGAGCUGGGACCGGGAGAGGUGGAGCUGGGUCCAGGAGGCACCGAGCUGCUUGAGAGCACAACACAAGAAGAUGAAGAAAAAAGAGCUCUUGACAAAAGGAAAUAUGUGGCUCUGAGCAGGAAAUGUAAAGAAAUUGAACAGGUAAAUCAGAAGAUCCUGGGUCGCCUUCACCAAGUGCAAAGAAUUACUCGACGUCUGAAGAAAGAAAGGAGAUUCCUCAUGAAGACCUUAGAUGCUCACGGGGAUGACUACAGAAACGCUCAGCUCACUAUACUGCUUGAGGAUGAAUCUGGAGCCCAUUUGGAGCCGGCUGCUGCAGCGGAGGAUGAAAAGCUCAACGGUGUUUCCGGUUCCACUCCAUCUGCAACAUCACAUCAUGUGGCUGGGACAAAGAAAAAGAGGCAUCGAAUUCCUCGUCAAGAAAAGGAUAAAGAGCCACAGAUCGACCCGGAGAUGUCGGCGUUGGCAGAGUCACAGUUUGGAGAAAUGUCCAGCCCGACCUCGCUGUCUCAUUGAUCAAACCGCUGUCCUGGAUAUCACGAUGAUGGUGACUAGGAUAAGAGCACCCAGUUUCCAGGACUGUUUAAAACACUGCUUUACUUGAGUCAAUCUUUGUAAUGUUGUGGUUUCAUUUGAAUAUUGUGAACAGAUUGAGUUCAUGUAACACGAGAUGUUAUUCACCUUAUAUAUGUGUAUAUUUGUUUUGUAUAUACGAGGUUAUGUUUUUACAGUUGACAGUUGAUGGCAACAUAUUUAUGACAAGCACGUGAUGUUGAAAACAUGAUUUGAUAAAUAUUUGACGUAUUAGAUGAAUAUGACAGGGUAUUACUAUCAUUACUUGAGUUAGGAUUUUAUCCGAGUAAGCAGAUGGACUCGUCGUCAUAUUAAACUUUUACGCUGUGCUGUUUGGGUUUACUUUUCUGUGAUUUUGUUUUUUCCCUCUUUUGUAUUCACUCAUCUGCCUUCACAUGCUCAUGGACUUAAUGUGGCAUCUCAUUCUUAAUCGAUGGGGUUUGACAUGAUUUCACCCCACCUUGUGAAGCUAUAACUGCUUCUGCUAUUCUGGGAAGGCUUUCCACAAGGUUUAGGAACGUGUUUAUCCAAAUUUUUGGCCGUUUUUUCUGAAGCACAUUUGCGAAGUCGGUCACUGAUGUUGGACGAGAAGGCCUGGCUCGCAGUCUCUGCUCUGAUUCAUCCCAAAGAUGAAUGCCAUGAGGUCAGUCAGGCCAGUCAAGUUCUUCCACACCAAGCUCGCUCAUCCAUGUCUUUAUGGACCUCGCUUUGUGCACUGGUGCACAGUCAUGUUGGAAUAGCAAGGGACCAUCCUUAAAUUGUUCCCACAAAGUUUAGAGCAUGAAACUGUCCAAAAUGUCUUGGUAUGCUGAAGUAUUAAGAGUUCCCUUCACUGGAACUAAGGAGCCAUGGCCAGUUCCUGAAAAUCAACCCCAUCACCUGUAUGGAAAGCUUUUACACAAAUAUUAUGCCUGAAUAACAAGUUUCAGUUACAGUUUGUUUCUGUGUUAAAAUAAAAAAUAAAAAAAAAUGCUAGAGCAGU